GAGAAGCGGCGAAUGAAGGGAUUGCAGACGAGACGGCCAUUUUAGAGCUGCCGUGGACACCGCGCAUUCAUCCACUGCAUUCAUCUUUUUCUCAUUAGAUAAGCCUCCCGCUCUAUUGACCAUAGAAGAACACUGCGAAGAAGAAGUAGAAGAGCGUGUGUGCUUAAGUUAGUCGCGGCUGAACCCGAAGUCGCGAUGCGGUUCCGAAGGAAUAAACUCUUUGCAUCCGCCGUCGGAGUGGUCCUGGCGCUGGCGUGCGCGCUGGAUGCGGCUAAAGUCAAUAAGCACAAGCCCUGGAUCGAGACGACAUACCAUGGUAUCGUGACAGAGAAUGAUGACAAAGUGCUGCUGGACCCCCCUUUAAUUGCGCUGGACAAGGAUGCGCCACUGCGCUACGCAGAGAGUUUUGAGGUGACCCUCACUAAAGAAGGUGAGAUCUGCGGCUUUAGAAUCCAUGGGCAGAAUGUACCUUUCGAAGCUGUGGUCCUGGACAAGUCCAGUGGUGAGGGGAUCAUCCGAGCAAAGGACAAGUUAGACUGUGAGCUCCAGAAGGAACAUACCUUCACCAUCCAAGCAUACGACUGUGGAGAGGGACCUGACGGUGCCAACAUGAAAAAGUCGCACAAGGCCACUGUCCACAUACAAGUGAACGACCUUAAUGAGUACUCACCAGUGUUUAAAGAGAAGUCCUACAAAGCCACUGUCAUCGAGGGAAAGAAAUAUGACAGCAUCUUGAAGGUGGAGGCUGUGGAUGCAGACUGCUCUUUCCAGUUCAGUCAAAUCUGCAACUAUGAGAUUGUCACUCCGGAUGUGCCCUUUACCAUCGACAAAGAUGGUUUCAUCAAGAACACAGAGAAACUAAACUACGGCAGAGAGCAUAUGUAUAAGCUGACUGUGACCGCUUACGACUGUGGAAAGAACCGUGCCUCUGAGGACGUUCUGGUCAAGAUCAGUGUCAAGCCAACUUGCAAACCCAGCUGGCAAGGCUUCAAUAAGAGGAUUGAAUAUGAGCCUGGCACAGGCAGCCUGGCUCUUUUCCCUAGCAUGCACCUGGAGACCUGUGAUGAGCCAAUCACAUCCAUCAGAGCAACAAUUGAACUAGAAACCAAUCAUAUUGGAAAGGGCUGUGACCGUGACACUUACUCCGAGAAGUCCCUGCACAAGCUGUGCGGAGCCAGCUCGGGAACAGUGGAGCUGCUGCCAGCACCCAGCAGCUCUGCCAACUGGACAGUGGGACUACCCACCGAUAAUGGGCACGACAGCGACCAAGUGUUUGAGUUUAACGGCACCCAGGCUGUAAAGAUUCCUGAUGGCUUGGUGAGCACCAGCCUGAAGGAGCCCUUUACCAUCUCUGUGUGGAUGAGACAUGGGCCCGGUGCUCAUGAGAAAGAGACCAUCCUUUGCAACUCCGACAAGACAGACAUGAACAGGCACCACUAUUCACUCUACGUGCACAACUGCAGGCUGAUCCUUCUUCUCCGUCAAGAUCCAUCUGUGGCAGAGAACUACAAACCAGCCGAGUUCCACUGGAAACUCGACCAGGUGUGUGACAAAGACUGGCAUCACUAUGUGUUGAAUGUGGAGUUCCCGACAGUGAUGCUCUUUGUGGACGGAACUACCUUUGAACCCUUUUUGGUCACUGAGGACUACCCGCUGCACGCUUCCAGGAUUGAGACUCAGCUCACCGUCGGUGCUUGCUGGCAAGACAACUCUGGACAUGAAAAUGACACUGAGACAGUCUCUGAGUCUUCCUCAGGCGGAAAUGCACGCAUGGCCCAGUUUUUCCGUGGAAAUCUUGCUGGGCUUAUGAUUCGCUCGGGCAAGCUGGAGAACAAGAAAGUUAUUGACUGUUUGUACACUUGCAAGGAGGGCCUGGACGUGCAGCUGCCCGAAGAAGUAGCCUCUACUGUCAAGGUGGAGUUUAACCCCAAUCAGUCCUCUCUGACUGUCGAGGGAGAUGAUAUUGACGCCUUUGACAAGGUCAUGCAGCACAUAUCCUACUUGAACUCUCGCCAGUUUCCGACACCCGGCAUCAGGCACCUUCGCAUCUCUACUUCUGUCAAAUGCUUCAACGAUGAGUCCUGCGUGACAAUGUCUGAUGCAGAAGGUUAUGUGAUGGUACUGCAGCCCGAGGAGCCGAAGAUUAGCCUGAGUGGCAUUGACCACUUUGCCCGCAGCGCUGCCGAAUUUGAAAGUCAAGAAGGUGUGACACUGUUCCCUGAGCUACGCAUUGUUAGCACCAUCACCCGUGAGGUGGAGGUCGAUGCUGAGUCCGAAGCCACUGAGCGAGUGGACGAUGACCCCACAGUCCAAGAGACAGUGGUGUCCGAAGAGAUCAUGCACAACCUGGACACAUGCGAAGUGACCGUGGUGGGAGAUGAUCUGGAUUCAGAGCACGAGGGUCUGGAGGUGGACAUGGAACAGCUGCAGCAACGCGGCCUUGAAAUGAGCUCCUCCCACCUGGGCCUUGUCAUCACAGGCGUGAACACCAUGGCAAACUAUGAGCAAGUCCUGCACCUCAUCCGUUACAAGAACUGGCACACCGAGGCGCUCUUCGAUAGGAAAUUCAAACUGGUGUGCUCUGAGCUCAACGGGCGCUACAUUAGCAACGACUUCAAGGUCGAGGUGAAUGUAAUCCACACAGCCAGCGCCAUGGAUCACGUGAACAAUGCCAUGGUGCAGCCCAACUUUAUCAACCCUGUGUAUCAGGCAUCAGUGGACCUGUCGGGUCACAACUUAGUCAACGCUCACCAGGCAUCAGUGGUUCCCAGCGCAGCCACCAUCGUCAUCGUAGUCUGUGUCAGUUUCCUGGUCUUCAUGAUCAUUCUCGGCGUGUUCAGGAUCCGGGCCGCACACCAGCGCACCAUGAGGGACCAGGACAACGGCAAGGAAAAUGAGAUGGACUGGGAUGACUCGGCCCUCACUAUCACCGUCAAUCCAAUGGAGACAUACGAAGACCAGCACAGCAGCGAGGAGGAGGAGGAAGAGGAGGAGGAAAGCGAGGACGGGGAGGAGGAAGACGAUAUCACGAGCGCCGAUUCGGAGAGCAGCGAGGAUGACGAGGGCGGCGAGCAGGAAGACCAGCAGGGAGCUAGCAGACAGCAGCAGCUGGAGUGGGACGACUCUACCCUCACCUACUAGAACAACACAUGCACCCACACAAACACAUCACUAAUUUGCACUCACUUAGCUGUUCAUCCUCAUCAAAUCCAUACAAGGAACCGUGACGUUAAAAAAAAACAAAAAAAAUCCCAGUCAAGGUUUCCCUUUUGUCAUCAUAGUGGCGGUACUCAGUGUUGUGUAGUCAUCAGCGCCUUGUUUUAUUUAAUUUAUUAUAUUUGUAUUGACAGGAAAUCUUGGCCAACAUUUCUUUUCCAGUGUGUGAGGAAACCAAUCGUGCACUUUUUAGUUUUCUCUCCCACACAAGGCUUCAGAGUCAUUACUUGAUUAGUUUUUGAAGCUAAAAUUUCCCACUGGUAGACCAGUGACUUGAAUUAAGGCUUGUAGUAACUAGACCAUCGUUUGCUUGUUUUUCUUUGCUUUGCUUUUUAACCUUUUAGUGCAUGAAGAAGUCAUAUAUGUAGAAAGAUCCAUUUCUUUUUAAAAUGUUGUAAAUAUUAAGAAACCAUGUAAUUAGUCAACGUGCUCGUGAAGGCCUCCGCCACAGGGUCCAAUAGCUAAAAUGCUUACUAUUUGUGUCACGCAGGUUGUAGCAUGUCGCUGAAAAUGUGUACAAAAUUGACGGCUUACAUGGAUAAUGUUUUAAGGAAGUUGUUUUUGUUGUUGUUGCGUUUGUUUUUUAUCCGUUUGUAUUCUCUUCUGUGCACAGAGGACACUCAAUUAUCGUUUUGCUUGCACGUCAAUCCGUUUCAUUCCCACUUGGGCUCACUGUCGUACAGACGGGAUGCACAACGUGCAAGUGGACGACGGUUGCUAGGGUGGGCCGUGAGCAGCUUUAAGACAACUUUCCAUCCUCGGCGUUAUUCUCAAAGGAACAGAACGGUUUCAAGUAAAGUGUCUUGUGACGUGAAACAAAUUGGCCACCACGCAGCUGUUUUAACUCAUUGACGGUGAUUGACGUCCAAUCCAUUUAAACUAGGAGGACUGGCAGCGAUCAUACACUGAUUCAAAAGAGUUAAUGCAAACUAAUUUUGAAAUGUUUAAAUAGUCACAAUUUGGUUUUGAACAGGAUAUAUGUGAGGACAAAAUGGUUAAAAAUUUAAGAAAAUUCAUCUUGAUUCUCCUUUCUGACAACACUGUUAUUGCCCGCCCCAAAUGAAACUUUGAUUCACAUUCUAAAUUUCAGAAAUCUAAAGGGUCACUAACUCUGGAAUGAAUCGGAAUGAGUACGUCUGUUCUCCUGCUCCGCUUUAUUUAAAUCGAUUGCUGCAAUUGAAGGACUAUAUCUGAUCACGGACUCAACAUCUCACUUAGCUUUGUAAAAAAGGCAAAGAGCUCGAGAUCGUUAAGUUAGUGAGUCCGAGGAGAAGAAUGAUGCGUUUGCAUGCAAAUACAUUACAAACGUACUGUACACUAAUUUUACAUGGAAAGCCCUCUCCUUGGCGCCCCCUGCAGGCCUGAUGAUGGGAGUGCCUUUUGCUGGUCAGUGCAAUGAGCAGAUGUAACAAAGCCCUGCUUGUAUUAAUGGCAUUUUAAUUUGUUUAUUUGUAACUGUAAGAUGCUCGGUUUCAUACUGAGUUUAAUGAGUCUGGCUAGUUUUGAUUUUACACUCCGUCGAUGUGUACAUGUUGGUGUGUAGCUAAUAUACAGUAGUUUCAUGGUGUAUCUUCUAAAGCUAUUGUACUAAAUCCACCUUUAACCAGAUGUACAGUACCUAAUGACAAAGCUUUGGCAGCUUACGCAAGUAUCCUGUGUGAGUGUGCGCCUUUCAGUUAAAUGGCUUUUUUACCCAUUUUUUUUUGGUCAGGGAAAGAAUCACGUUGAUACAUUUAAAAUGUUUUUGUAUGUGUGUGGGAAGUGUUGGGGGGCGUGCCUGUAUGUGCACCAACAAAUCAGAUUUGUGAUCAGCCCCACAUCACUUGCCCCAAUGAAUGUCUUAGUCAUACACUUCCAGAAAAAAAUUGAUAACACAAUUCUAAUGUCGCAUGAACCACAAGAUUUCAAGACAUUUCAAGAUGUGUGAGACAGGAGUGCAGAGACGUGAUCCACUCAUUCUUCUCUUUUACACAUCUACAACACCCCCUUUUUCUUAUUUUCUGGGCCAUAAUUGAUCAAAAUGUGGAAAUGUUUUGCAAGUUGGUGGUGAAAGGUUCCUUUCUGCUUGUUGGAGCUGCUCUCACUUUUCUACUACCAAUAGACAGGCAAACUGUAGUCAAGUUGAUGCUUGCUCAUGAACAAAAUAAAGGAAAAUGAGAUGGAA